GACAACAACAGCUGGUCAGCCAUCUCCGUAGCUUGCUAACCAACAUAGCGGAACCGUCCCAUCUCUUUAGACGCUUUCGGGUAUAUGAGCCACUCUGUUUUGAACACAUUUCUGUCGUUUAGCUAAUUAUCCCAUUUAAUUUCCUAUUUACCUCGUUAUUAGUCAGCUAGCUGGCUUGUUAAGUUAGCAUUAGCAUAGUUAGCUAACUGUUAGCUAACAUCCCCGACCAUGAGUUCACCAAGCUACUCGCCUCCUGAUGAAGAGGAGGUCUGCUGGACGGAGAAAGAGGGUCUGUGGCUGAAUGUUGUCGUGAAAGAGGAGAAUCAAGAGGAGGAUGUUACAGUAAAACAAGAAGGAGAGGAAGAGGAGGCUGUUACAAUACAAAAACAAGUAGAGGGUGAGACUGUUACAGUGAAAGAAGAAGAGAAAGACGUUUCAGUGAAAGAAGAGGAAGACCCGAUCAGAGUGAAAGAGGAAGAGGAGGAUGUGACUGUAAAAGAAGAGGAGGUUGCAGUUUUUGGAGUGAAGGAGGAGGAAGAGGGACAGAUAACUGUCAUAUUGGAAGAGGGGUCAGGAGAUCUGAUUAGCACCGGAGAGAGACAGGACUACUGUGGAUCCUCCGGGGAGCCUCAACAACAUCAUGAUGCUGAUGAGGCAGAGAAGAGUCUCUCCACAUCAGAACACCUCAAUAAACACCCGCAGAGACCCACAGGGAAGAAACCUCACCGCUGCUCUGACUGUGGGAAGAGUUUCACCUCUUCUUCAGAUCUUAAAAUACACAAGAGAAUCCAUACAGGAGAGAAACCUUACAGCUGCUCUGACUGUGCAAGGAGUUUUACUACACGUAGCCAGAUGAUAUCUCAUCGGAGAACACACACAGGAGAAAAGCCUUUCAGCUGUGAUCGAUGUGGGAAGAGUUUUGCUCAGUCAGGCAACCUGACAAUUCACCAGAGAACACACACAGGUGAGAAACCUUACCACUGCUCUGACUGUGGAAUGAGUUUUACUACCUCAGGUGGACUGAUAUCACACCAGAGAACACAUACAGGAGAUCAGUGUGGGAAGAGUUUUCCUGCCGCAAGGAACCUGAAUCUAGUUCACCAGAGAGAACACACAGCUGAUCUGACUGUACACCAGAGAAGCUACACUGUCGAGAAACCAUUCCACUGCUCAGGCUGUGGGAUGAGUUUUACUACAUCAAGUGGACUGAUAUCACACCAGAGAAUCCACACUGGAGAGAAACUAUACCACUGCUCAGAUUGUGGGAUCAGUUUUGCUGGAUUAGACAAACUGACAAUACACCAGCGAUUACACACAGAGAGGACUUUUAGUUGUGAUCAAUGUGGGAAGAGCUUUGCUGCAGCAACAAACCUGAUAGUUCACCAGAGAACACACACGGGAGAGAGGCCUUAUAGCUGUGAUGAAUGUGGGAAGAGAUUCACUCAGUCAGCACACCUGACUGUACACCAGAGAACCCACACGGGAGAGCAGCCUUAUAGCUGCGAUCAAUGUGGGAAACAUUUUGCUUUGCCAGGAAACCUGACUGUACACAAGAGAACACACACCGGAGAGAAACCGUACAGCUGUGAUGUAUGUGAGGAUAGUUUUGCCACCUGGACUGCCCUGGCCACACACAAACGAAUCCACACAGGUGAGAAACCGUACCACUGCUCCGACUGUGGAAUGAGCUUUACUUCCUCAAGCGACUUGAGAAGACACCAGAGAAAACACACAGGAGAGAAACCGUAUAGCUGUGAUCAGUGUGGGAAGAGCUUUAUUAGAUCAGACUCCCUGGCAAAACACAAGAAAAUACAUGCAGGAGAGCCACAGAGUGUAGAAUGAUCUCCAACACCAGACCUGGGUAGUAGAACACAGAGUGUAGAAUGAUCUCCAACACCAGACCUGGGUAGUAGAACACAGAGUAACGAUCUAUUUGUAAUCUAACUAUUGAUGUUGUAGUGUUUGUGUUCCACUUUUCAUAAUAUAAUUUAUAAUAUUGUAAAAUCCUACAACUUUUGACAGCUCUAAUGUCAAAUGAUUUUUAAUUUUGUAAAUGGAACAUUUAUAGAAAAUGUUAUAGAUGGAGGAACAGGACAAUAAAUGUGAUGUUUUGAUGUAGUUGCUCUCCAAAAGCCUGUGGAACUUCAUGUUGGAAAAGUAGGUAUGAGACCUAUCAUGUAGCCUCGGCUCCAGGUUUCAUUAUUGUAAUCUGUUUUCACAGCCACUAUAGAAAUCUAGAAUAAACUAAGUGCUCUUUCCAAACAUCCCUAUGACCACAAGACGUUGACAAUACGUCUUAUUAACGUAUUGUGCUCCCUGGGAUGUACAGUGUUCUACAUGUCAUAUUGUUGUCAUGUUAUGAUCUCUUAUCUUUUUGUCUGUUUGUUUUAUAAAAAUGAACACCAUAGGGUCAGAGACGGGGGAGAGAGCGAGGGUCAGA